CAGGUGAUCCCAGCGAGCAGAAAGGGCAGCUGGAGCCGUGGCUCACACCGUGUCUUCUCCUUUUGUACAGGUUUCGACGGGAGUUUGUACCCAAACCACCACCCAGGACAGCCCGCAAGGCCUGCCAUGUCCCAUUGCCACCUCUUGACCAGGGCAAGAAAGAGGAACUUCCUGAAUUGCCACCCCUCCCCAGCUGGAUCCGCGUUACCUUUCUAGUGAAAAAACAGCCUGAGAAGGAAACAAGCGAUGUCAAGAAGAAGGCCAGUCAGCUGCCAGCGGUCCCGGGGGCGUCUUCUGCCAAAAAGCAGCCUCAGAAAAAAAAGAAGGGAAAAUGCUCUACCAAAAGCAAGGCGGCAGAGAUGGCUCCAGCAGAGGCAGCGCAACCUCCAAGUGGCAAAGAAGAAGAACGCGGCGCGGUGAAAGCCCCCGCUGGAGGAGGAGUGCCGCAAAAGGCACAGGCCAAGCUCAGAAAGCACCGUGGAGCCCCAGCCCUGCAACAAACACCACUGGCAGCCCUAUGGUCCUCGAGCUCUGAGACCAGCCUGCCCGAGGAGCGCACCUACAGCGCCUCUGCUGCGGUGCCACUGAUGCACAGGAGGACCAGAUCUCUGCAGAGUCAGCCACCAAAGACCAAAGCGGGGCUCCACAGGCGGGGGAUGUCCUGUCCACUCUGA